UUGUCUCCGCAAACAUCCAUCUGUCAGAGAAAGUGCUGAAAAUAUUGACAAGCCUCACCAACAGCACGUAUAAGAUGGCAGCAUACCCAGAACAAGUACCAGGCUACGAGGAAGAGAACCAGACUUGGAACGGCUUGAUUGGCAUGCUACAACAGGGGACUGCAGAGAUUAUAAUUGACUUACUCACGCUGACAGCCGACAGGUUCCGCGUUACUGACUUCUCCAGAACCGUUUAUGAGGACAGGAUUGUUUUGUUCAUCAGAAACAACAUGCCACUUGACCAUGGAUGGUGGCUUAUGAUGUCUGCUUUCAGCUGGGAUCUCUGGUUAGCAGUGACGAUGGUCGUCAUUUUGCAGAACUCCUGUUUGUUUCUCAUGAGACAUGUAGUCAAGAGACAAACGACAGAACUCUCUCACAUUACUUAUGGCGGUGAGGUGCACGCUCGCCUCGACUCUCACCGCCUGUUGUGCCUGUGUGCGUCUCUGGUAUUCGUGACAGUGCAAGGAGCCUACUGCGCAAGGGUGGUCUCCAUCGCGGCGGUCGUCACGGUGCAGCUGCCCUUCUCUGGGCUUAAGGGUGUUGAGCCCGCCGGCUACAGCGUCAUCGUCGCCCCUGGCACGUCCACUGACGAGCAUUUCAAGGCGUGGUCGUCGCGAGCACUGGCGGUCGGCUGCAGCGUCCCUUCGGUGCGCCGCGGGCCCCCCGUGCUGUCGACCGCGGAGGCCCUGGCGCAGCUCUGCCGGACCCGCCGGCUGUGCCUGCUGGAGCAGUCCUACACCGUCUCCUGCACUCCGCAGCCGUGCCCCGUCCUCCAGGUGCCGGCGGCCUCCGUCGCCGCCGUGCAUCUCGGCUUCGUCCUCAACAAAGGCAGUCCCUUCACAGGCAUCAUCAGCUACCAGUUAAGUGGCAAGCUUAUCGACACCGUACAGAGUGUUCCAUUUAUCUGGUACGAAGAAGUAGAGUUAAAUGACCCAUAUCCAGGCAGGGCAAACUCUUCAGGUGUUUGGAAUGGCCUCAUAGGUGCCCUAAAGGACGAGCAGGUCGAUAUGUCGCUGGAUUUGCUGACGCUCACCUCGCCUCGAAGAACUGCAGCGGACUUCUUGCAGCCGGUCGACUACGACUGGUGCGUUCAAAAGCCUCUUAGUAUUCAUAACUCCGCAGAAAAUGAGGAGAAGAUGAUAACUGACACAAAGAUCAUCAGAGUUGAAGCACUGCUUCGAGGAUAA